UCAGCGUUUACUCGCUUUGGGUUCGCAGUACCUACCGCACUACUACUGCAGUGUCUGCUUAAUGGUCCACUAAUAAUAUCGUCAAAUCCAAAAUCGUAGUUUUCUCAAAACAGUGUUUUAUCUUGUACGCUGUUCAACAAAUCGAGUGCACGUUUCCAGGAUUUAAACGAUUGUAUCGAUGUCGUGCAGUCAUUAUAAACGGAUAAUCCCAUUGACGCUGUGAGUCACUGCAGUGGAAAUAUGAAUAAAAUGAACAACCAUUUGAGCUACAAAAUGGAAGGUGACAAGUCGACUGAUAACAGUGACGAUUACUAUAAGAACGUUAAGCUAGUAGGAUUCGUAAAGACAGACUCCGAAACACUGUCCGGAUAUAAGAACGAUGGGUUUCAAUGGAGCUCGGCAGACAAUUUGUCCAGUUACCCAUCGUCUUACCAUAGAGAAAACGACAUCAUAUCUUCUAGUAAAGUUUCGGGCGGCGACACGUCGGUGCCCGUCUACCCGGAUUCGGUGAAUCGGUGCUGUACGAGAAAAGUGUUGUACAAACGCUUACCGAUCCUCCAAUGGCUACCCAAGUACACGAUCGGCGAACACGGUAUAUCCGACCUCGUGGCCGGCAUCACGGUCGGGCUGACCGUUAUACCACAGGCCAUAGCGUUCGCGAACGUAGCCGGAUUACCUCCACAGAUCGGACUGUACUCUUCGUUCAUGGCAUGCUUCGUGUACACGAUCUUCGGUAGCUGUAAAGACCCGGCGUUGGGUCCUACGGCCAUAAUGGCCAUCAUGACCCGCGAAAACAUUCACGAUAUGGGACCGGAAUUCGCAAUCCUGUUAUGUUUUAUCACCGGCAUCGUGCAACUCAUCAUGGGCUUUGCGCAAUUAGGGUUCCUAAUCGAUUUCAUAUCCGGACCGGUGUCGGCUGGCUUCACGUCAGCUGCGGCGAUCGUGAUAGCCACAUCCCAACUGAAAGAUCUGCUCGGCAUAAACAUAAAAGCCAAUUCGUUCAUAGGCUUCUGGGACCAAUUGGCCAUGCACAUCAGGGAGAUUAGCGUUGGCGACGGGACGCUUGGCAUUACGUGCAUGAUUGUCCUGUUACUGUUGAGGAAAAUGAAAGACAUACAAAUCGGCCCUUUGGACGCGAAGGAUAAAACGACCGGACAGCGAAUGAUUUCGUCGGUCAUUUGGCUCAUAUCGACGGCGAGAAAUAUCAUAGUCGUGGUCUUUUGCGCCGCGCUGGGUUACAUGUACAAGGAGCACGGAGAUUUGCCGUUUAAACUGUCGAGUCACGUGGAAUCCGGUCUCCCGAGCUUCAGGCCACCGCCGUUCGAGAGCCGGGUCGGGAACGAGACGUACAAUUUCGUCGAGAUGGCGUCCAAAUUAGGUUCAGGGAUUCUGGUAGUGCCACUUCUGUCGAUUUUAGAAAACAUCUCGCUAGCUAAAUUUUUCUCUGACGGUAAGACCGUCGACGCCACUCAAGAAAUGCUCGCCUUGGGCGCAUGCAAUUUGAUCUCAUCUUUUGUUGGGUCCAUGCCCAUAUCUGGCGCUCUAUCGCGGGGUGCCGUGAACAACGCCAGCGGAGUAAAGACCACGUUCGGAGGAGUCUAUACAGGAAUAAUCGUCAUAAUAGCCUUGCAGUUUUUCACACCGUAUCUCGUGUACAUACCCAAAGCUGCUUUGGCCGCUGUGAUAAUAGCCGCCGUCGUAUUCAUGGUCGAACUACAAGUUGUCAAACCGAUGUGGCGAACGAAAAAAAUCGAUUUGAUACCGGCGUUCGCCACGUUCCUUUGUUCGCUGUUGAUACGCCUGGAAGUCGGGAUCGUUGUCGGCAUAGCUAUUAACGUCAUAAUACUGCUUUACACCUUGGCAAGGCCCAGCGUCCACGUAGAGAAACAACAAAGUGAAUUCGGCUACGAGUACUUAGUGAUAACGCCGGACCGCAGUUUAGUUUUUCCGUCCGUGGAGUACGUGAGGGCAGUGGUGUCCAAAGCUGGACUUAAACAAGGUCUGAGUUCAAUACCGGUUGUGAUGGACUGCAGACACAUACAAGGAGCUGACUUUACCGCGGCUAAAGGCGUCAAGUCUCUCAUAGACGACUUUGUCAGGAGAAAUCAACCACUGGUGUUCUACAACGUCAAACCUAGCGUGAUAUCCAUUUUCCAAGGAGUACGACCGACCGAGUUCAAUUGUUGUGUCACCGAACAGCAAUUGCACGAAAGACUAAAAGGAUAUUAUUAUAGCAGAAUGCAAACGCUGACAUUAUAACAUCGAUAUUUACAUUAAAUCUUGUCCCACCAACAAAUUGUACAGAAUAAAAUAAAUGAUAAAUGUGUAAAUAAUGUUAAUAUUAUGAGAAAUAAGCUGUAAAUAUUAUGAAAAGAUCUUAUAUACAAACGAUAAGUAAAUUCUAGACAAUUAAGUUUCCAAAAUUCUCCUUAACAAUUUGCUUGUACAAUACUACAGUAGUAAUAAUAAUUUGUAAUAAUUAAUUUUAAAUUAAUUAAAUACAUUGAUAUUUACACGUAA